UCUAAAAACAUCCGGGUCAGGGAAUGCUCUCCUCGGACCACUUUCCUGAGACACUGUUGUCCUGCUUCUAAUAAGCUUGUCCCAUAUCUACAAGGCGACUCUCAAAAUGCUAAGCGCAAGAUUCGCCUCCCGGUUAUCCUCCCACCUGCGCUGCUGUAACAGGGUACCAUGCUUAAUAUCGACUCCCAGACAUCCACUAGUCCAGCUCGGUGGCCCACAACUACUAUACUCCACCAGGCAGCCAGGGCAGACCUACUCCAUGCAACAUGGCUUUCUACGGCCCCAUCUACAAGUCACUCGGCUGGCAAACUACUCUGACCUGUCAACAGAGAGGUACAGCAUGAUCUACCACCUACCUCACAUCAAGCUCAUCCGCGCAAUAUCCAGGCUCAAACUGCUCCAAACGGGGAUCACCCUCGCCAUCCUGCCCCCUGUUUACUACUUCUACCUCAGCGGUGAGCUGUCCUACUUCCUGGCGACCUACUCCACGGGGAUAGCCGUGUUGGCUGGAGUCAUGCUGUACACGGCCAGUCACUUCCUGAGGAAGGUGGUGGGCAUGAUGUACCUGGACUCUACACAGAGCACGCUGAAGGUCUCCCACCUCACGUUCUGGGGCCGGCGUCACGACGUGUUCCUACCGGUGACGGACGUCAUGACGCUGGGUGACACCGGGGACGCUUUGACUGAGACCGUGUUGAGGCUGAAGAGAUACAGCACGGCAGAGACAAUGUAUUUCUCCCUGAGCUAUGGCCGAAUCGUAGACAAGCAGGCUUUUGAGAAGGUCUUUGGUCCGUUGAAAUAAUGCUUUGUUUGUAAAAAGAAAUGGCUUAAUUUAUUGUUAAUAAAACACUUGUUAAAGUGUCAAUGAAA